UUUCUCAGAUUUGGAAAAAGCCACGAAUGAUAGCAGCAAUUCUCUUUUCCUGUGUGGCACCUCUAAUAGUUACAAUACACAUUUUUCAAUAUAAAGUUUAUCUAAAGGAAGUAAAGUCUAAUGGAUUUAUGUUAGCGUAUGCUGCAUUGACUGGAACCAAUUUAAUUGUAUAUUAUUUUGAUUUUUUUUAUAAAAAUCCUUUGGAUAUAUUUAAAAAUCCUUUGGAUAUUCGGACCGAACUGAAGACCGGUCAUAGAAUUGCUGGAAAAUUGUCAGCCUAG